UCGACAAGGCGGUGUACUUGCUACUGCUACUGUGUCUGUGUGUGUGUGCGCGCGCGCGCGCUGUGCACGUUGAUCAGCUUGCGAGCUAGCAGCGAAAGCACAGGGAUCGAUCCAUGGUGAACUUGGUGGAAGCGCCGAAGCCGCUGGUGUACUUCCUCCUGAGGAGGGCCGGGCUCCGGCAGCACACGGUCGACGUCGAUGGCGCCGGCACGGUGAUCAGCUUCUGGAUGCCCGAGGGCAAGGUGCCCAAGGACAGGGGCACCGUGCGGGACGAAGCCGACGCGGCUAACACCAGCAGCAAGCAGCAGCAGAAGGCGCCGCCGACGGGCAGCGAGAGGCCCGCCGUCGUGCUCGUGCACGGCUUCGCCGCCGAGGGCGUCGUCACGUGGCAGUUCCAGGCUGGUGUGCUGGCGAAGCACUACGACGUGUACGUGCCUGACCUGCUCUACUUCGGCGGGUCGACGUCGCCGUCGACGGACCGGUCGCCGGGGUUCCAGGCGGAGUGCCUGGUGACGGCGCUGCGGAAGCUCGGGGUGGAGCGGUGCACGGUGGUGGGGUUCAGCUACGGCGGGAUGGUGGCUUUCAAGAUGGCGGAGUCGCACCCGGACCUGGUCGCGUCGCUCGUCGUGUCCGGCUCCGUCAUCGCCAUGACCGACUCCAUCAGCGAGACCACGCUGGAGAGGAUCGGCGUCAAGUCGUCGGCCGAGCUGCUGCUGCCGGAGACCGUCAAGGGGCUCAAGGCGCUGCUCUCCAUUGCCACCCACAGGAACCUCUGGUUCCCUGACCGCAUUCACAGGGACUAUCUCGAGGUGAUGUUCACCAACCGAAAGGAAAGAGCCGAGCUGCUGGAAGGUUUGGUGGUCAGCAACAAAGACGCCACCGUGCCCGUUUUGCCGCAGAAAAUACUACUGCUAUGGGGAGAGAACGACAAUAUCUUCAACAUUGAGCUCGCCAUGACGAUGAAAGAGCAGCUCGGAGAGAAGGCGACACUGCAGAGCAUCAGCAAGGCAGGGCACCUGGUGCACAUUGAGAGGCCCUGCGUGUACAACCAGCACCUCAAGGAGUUCCUCGCGUACGUCAACGCUGAAUUCCCCAAGGAGACCGCUUGAUUUGAUAUGAAGAACUGGAGUUCCACGUUUAUGAAUUCGUAUUGGUUUGUUUUAGUUUGAGAGGAUUUAUGUUCACCAACCUUAAAAACGAUUCUACAUGGAUUGUGAAUUGGGGUUAUGGGUAGCAGACAGGCAGGACUACUGCAAGUUUCUGAAGAACCAGCCGAAUAAGUUUCAACCAUAUAGCUAAACCGUAAUGUGAGAAAAUGAAUCGCCGUACCUCGUAGAUGAGAAUCCAUUUAUUGUGAAAGUUGAGUUCCAAUGCCACAAUACCGUGCUUGAUCUAAAUUUUAACUUUAUUUCGAAGCUAAGAAUGUGUCUGCUCAAUCUCCUGAAGAACAUCAUGUAAGCACAAAUAUCGAAGGAUGGGAUGUUAUACAUGCCAUAGUCCACCAAAUGUCUUGGGCCCGUAAAU